ACUAAGCUCAAAGCUCAGAGCUCAGGAUUCAUCAUGACUACAGUAUGGUUUGGGCUGCUGGUAUGUUCAUGUCUGUGUCUCCAUGUCACAGCACAGCUGAUCGGCCCGAUCGGUAUUCCAGGACAUUUUUCUCAUGAUGAUGAAGAUGAUGAUUUUGAUAAACAGACAGAGCAAGAGAAGCCAAACCUAAGGAUUCAUGAGAUCGAGAUGCAGAAUGUGAAGAUAGACUGCAAGGUGGCGUCUCGAUUUGCCCACACGGUCAUGACGUCCACGGCUCUGAACAAAGCCAACAUCUCACAGGAAAUCUCCUUCGAGGUGGAGUUACCCAAGACAGCCUUCAUCUCCAACUUCAGCAUGGAGAUUGAUGAAAAGAUUUAUGUAGGAGAGGUUAAGGAGAAAGAGAAGGCCAAGAAGGAGUAUGAGACAGCUGUGUCCUCUGGGCAUACGGCCGGACUGGUCAAAGCUUCAGGCAGAAAGAUGGAGAAGUUUUCUGUCUCUGUGAACAUUGCAGCCAACAGCAGUGUCACAUUCACACUUACAUAUGAGGAGCUCCUCCAGCGUCGGCUUGGGAAAUAUGAGCUCAUGAUCCGAGUCAAACCCAAGCAGCUGGUCCAACACUUUGAGAUUGUUGCUACUGUCUAUGAGCCCCAGGGCAUUACAUUUCUGGAUACCAAUGUCACAUUCAUCACCAAUGACCUGCUCCCUCUAGUGGAGAAAACAGUCACAGACAAAAAGGUUCAUGUGUCCUUCUCUCCAACUUUGGACCAACAGAGGAAAUGCCCAAGCUGUGAUGGUACACUUAUAGAUGGGGAUUUCAUCAUCACAUAUGAUGUCAAUCGUGAACAGGAUUUGGGUGAUAUUCAGAUUGUGAACGGGUAUUUUGUGCACUUCUUUGCUCCACCUGAUUUGGAACAGUUGCCAAAGAACGUAGUGUUUGUAAUAGAUAAAAGUGGCUCCAUGACUGGAAGAAAAAUGACGCAGACUCGAGAGGCACUCUUGACCAUUCUAGAUGACCUUUAUGAGGAAGACCACUUUGGACUGGUCAUAUUUGAUAAUGAGAUUGAAACAUGGAGACCGUCAUUAACCAAAGCUACGAAAGAAAAUAUAAAAGAAGCAAAGAAAUAUGUCAGAAGUAUAACAGCAAGGAGCAUGACCGAUAUCAAUGGAGCUGUAUUACAUGCGGUUGAUAUGCUGACUAGCGCCAAAAGAAACAAUGCCCUUCCAGACAACAGUCCUUCUAUGAUUAUCUUACUGACUGAUGGAGACCCAACUGCUGGGGAGACAGAUCCAUCUGUGAUCCAAAAAAAUGUCCAUAAGGCUGCUGGCGGAAACAUGAGCCUCUUCUGCUUAGGCUUUGGCUACGAUGUACACUAUGGUUUUCUUGACGUAAUGGCCAAACAGAAUGAUGGUUUGGCCCGGAGAAUUUAUGAAGCCUCAGAUGCUGUACUGCAGUUGCAGGGAUUUUAUAAAGAGGUUGCAAGUCCGCUUCUCUUAGAAGUGAAUAUACAUUAUCCAGACAGCAUCGAUAAUUCAUUGACUACCAGCCAGUUCAAGCAAUUCUUUGAUGGCUCUGAGAUUGUAGUCGCUGGCCGAUUGAAGGACUCUCAAGCUGACAAGACCCUUGUUAAGAUUUCAGCCCAAAUGCUAGAAAAGCCUUUUGUGGCCCAGGGGGAAGCUUAUGCUGAAGAAUGGGCUGUCUUGUUCCCUGAGCAAGAGUACAUCUUUGGAGACUUCACUGAGCGUCUCUGGGCAUAUUUGACCAUCCAACAACUCUUGAACAAACAAGACAAGUGUACACCCAAAGAAUGUGAGAAUGUCACUGAUGAAGCACUGGAACUAUCGCUAAAGUACAACUUUGUCACCCCACUUACCUCCAUGGUGGUAACUAAGCCGGAAACUAACGCAACCUCAGAAGACACGUUAAUUGCUGACAAACUAACAGAAGACCAACGGUUGGAUUUUGUUCAGUCAGCCCCUAUGCCUUUAGUAUCCCUAGGCCAAUUGAGCGUCCGAAGUGGUCUCCAAAGAGCAUUUCUUAGCCGUGGGUUCAGUGGUCAUGUAGGUAUGGCAGGGCUGGUGGGUAUGGCAGUUGACGGAGAUCCACAUUUCAUCAUAGAGUUGCCAGAUCGGAAUGAUGCUCUAUGCUUCAAUACUGAUGAUAAACCAGGCACCAUUUUCAACCUGGUGAAAGAUCCAGUCUCAGGAUUGGUGGUAAAUGGGCAAACCAUUGGAGACAAGAAAGUGGAGCCAGGGAGCAAGCAGCACACCUACUUUGGUCAGUUUGGGAUUGUUCAUGAGAAAUUUGGUAUUAGAGUAAUGGUGACAACACAAAAGAUCACAGUGUCUCAGCCCUGCAAGGAAGAACAACUUCACUGGUCACAAACAUCUAAUGUUAAGAGUUUGCACAUGGACCUUCAGGUAACCAAAGACCACAGUCUUACCGUGACCCUGAAAGACUCUUUGAAGUUUAUUAUCAUCCUGCACAAAGUAUGGAAGAUGCAUCCUUACCACCAAGACUACCUGGGCUUUUACACCCUGGAUAGCCACCAUCUUUCAGAAGGAGUUCAUGGUCUUCUUGGACAGUUUUUCCAUGGUGUAAGAUUUGAGGUUAGUGAUGUCUUUCAAGGGAAAGAUCCAGAUAAACCAGAUGCGCAUAUGUUUGUGAAGGGCCACAAUCUUACUGUGACCAGGGGAUGGCAGAGGGAUUUCAGAAGGGAUGUGAAGAAAGGAGAAAAUGUGCCCUGUUGGUUUAUUCAUCAUAACGGCACAGGGCUCAUCGAUGGAGUCCUCGGAGACUAUACUGUCUCUGGCCUCUUUACAAUGGAAAGUGACAGCAGUGCCAGCAAAUUCAUAAAGAAACAGAGUGUCAACCCUUCUCAAUCUCUCUCUCAGAUAGAGUUUCAGAAUGUGAAAAUAAACUGCAAGGUGGCGUCUCGAUUUGCCCACACGGUCAUGAUGUCCACGGCUCUGAACAAGGCCAACGUCUCACAGGAAGUCUCUUUCGAGGUGGAGUUACCCAAGACGGCCUUUAUCUCCAACUUCAGCAUGGAGAUUGAUGGAAAGGUAUAUGUAGGAGAGGUUAAAGAGAAGGAAAAGGCCAAGAAGCAGUAUGAGGCGGCUGUUUCAUCUGGACAGACAGCUGGCCUGGUCAAAGCUUCAGGUAGAAAGAUGGAGAAGUUUUCUGUCUCUGUAAACAUUGCAGCCAACAGCAAGGUCACAUUUACACUUACGUAUGAGGAACUUCUUCAGCGUCGGCUUGGGAAAUAUGAGCUCAUGAUCCGGGUCAAACCCCAACAGCUGGUUCAACACUUUGAGAUUGUUGCUGAUGUCUAUGAGCCUCAGGGCAUUGAGUUUCUGGAUGCCUAUGGUACGUUCAUUACCAAUGAGCUACUUCCCCUGGUGGAGAAAACAGUCAGUGACAAAAAGGCGCAUGUGUCGUUCUCUCCAACUCUUGAUCAGCAAAGGAAAUGCUCAGACUGUGAGGGUACUCUAAUAGAUGGAGAUUUCCUCAUCAACUAUGAGGUCAAGCGUGCACAGGACCUUGGUGAUAUUCAGAUAGUGAAUGGGUAUUUUGUACACUUCUUUGCCCCAGCUAAUUUGCCACGAUUGCCCAAGAAUGUUGUGUUUGUGAUAGACAAGAGUGGCUCCAUGACUGGGAAAAAAAUGCAACAGACUCGAGACGCGAUGCAGACCAUCCUAAGUGAACUGCAUGAGGAAGAUCACUUUGCCCUGGUAAUCUUUGCAGGUGAUGUCGAAACAUGGAAACCAACCUUAACCAGAGCCACAGAAGAAAAUGUCGACGAAGCAAAAACUUUUACUAAAAACAUACACGUAGAUGGCUGGACAAAUAUUAAUGAUGCUGUUUUGCGUGCUGCGGACCUGCUGAAAACAGCCAGGGCAAACAAAGUUGUUCCAGAAAACAGUGCAUCCAUGAUCAUCCUACUGACUGAUGGAGACCCAAAUAAAGGUGAAACACGCUUAGAAAAGAUACAAGAAAAUGUCAAAAAUGCUAUCGGUGGAGAGGCGACCCUCUUUUGCCUGGGCUUUGGCUUUGAUGUAAAAUACAGUUUCCUGGAUGUUAUGGCGAAGGAGAAUAACGGUCUGGCUCGGAGAAUCUAUGAGGCAUCGGAUGCUGUGCUUCAGCUACAGGGAUUUUACAAUGAGGUUGCAAACGUUCUCCUGUCAGAUGUACACUUCCAAUAUCCAGACAGCAAGGUAAACUCUGUGACUGGCAGCAAAUUUAAGCAGCUCUUUAACGGCUCUGAGAUUGUCGUGUCGGGUCGAAUGAAUGACAUCGAGAUGAACGACUUCCCAGUCGAAGUGUCUGCUCAGUCGUUAAAUACCGAGUUUUUGCUAAAAGGCCAGGCCAGUACUAGGGACUGGAAUAUCAUCUUCCCUGAUCAAGAAUACAUCUUUGGGGAUUUCACUGAGCGUCUCUGGGCUUAUCUCACCAUCCAGAAUCUUUUGAACAAGAAAGACAAGGGUUCAGCUGAGGAGAAGCAGAAUGCUACAGCAGAAGCAUUGGAGCUCUCUCUGAAAUACAACUUUGUCACGCCGCUCACCUCCAUGGUGGUGACCAAGCCUGAAACUGAAGAAAAGCCAGAGAAUACACUAAUUGCUGACAAGCUGACAGAAGAUGAGCGUAAGGAAGUUAAAGCAAGUCCUGGUUUUUCAUCUUACGCUUCAUCAUCCAGAUCAGCACCUGUAAAUUCGGGUACUUAUACUUCAACAUCCAGAUCAUCACCUGUAAAUUGGGUUGAUUCAGAUCCACACUUCAUCAUUGAGUUCCCAGACCAAAAGGAUGCAAUCUGCUUUAACAUUAAUGACAAACCCGGCACUAUCUUCAACCUAGUCAAAGAUCCACUAACAGGUAUCAUUGUAAAUGGUCAAACCAUUCGGGAUAAGAAGAUAGACCCUAAGAAUAUGAUGAACACCUACUUUGGGCGCUUUGGAAUCAUUCAUGCUAAGCUUGGCAUCAGACUGAUGGUGACUACACAGGACAUCUUGGUGUCUGAAAGGGGCAAACAGGCAAAAUUCUACUGGUCUGACAAUACCACUGUGAAAGGACCCAACAUGGACCUGCAUAUAACCAAAGACCGCAGUCUUACAGUGACCUUAAGGAACUCAAUGAAAUUUGUUAUUGUUCUACACAAAGUGUGGAAAAAACACCCAUACCACCAGGAUUAUUUGGGCUUUUACACCCUGGACAGCCACCUGUUUUCACAAAGAGUCCAUGGUCUACUUGGACAAUUUUUCCAUGGUAUAACAUUCGAAGUUAGUGAUGUCUUUAAAGGAGAAAACACAGACAAACCAGAUGCCCACAUGUUUGUAAAAGGCCACAAUCUCACAGUAACCAGGGGCUGGCAGAAGGACUACAGAAAGAAUGUGAAGGAAGGAGAAGAUGUGCCCUGUUGGUUCAUUCAUAAUAAUGGCACAGGGAUUAUUGAUGGAGACAUAGGAGACUAUAUUGUUUCUGGCCUCUUUAAAACAACCUGAGAAAAGAGACAUGGCUGCAGAGGACCUUGUUAGAUAAAACCUGUCACAUAAAUUAUUUACUAAUCAAAUACAACUAAGAAGCCACCAUGCAGUUUUAUCAAAAUGGCCUUGAAUCCCUUGAAUAUGUACACACUUGCUUCAUAAUAAACAACUCUGACAACUGUGCAAA